AUGCCGGGCGUUAAAUGCGGAGGUUGUGGGCGUUUCAUAGCAACGCAGGAUGGUGCCAAAUGCAGCAAAUGCCACAAUUUAUACCAUCGGGCAUGUGUGGGCAUCGCCACAAAAGCUGGGAUUGCACCAAAUUGGCGCUGUCCCGAGUGCAAAAAACAUAUUGCCCGGGACAACCGGACGGAAACCCCCGUCAGAGGUUCUGCGCAGAGCCCCCCUACUGAUGGCGCGGGGAUGCCUACUGAGGCAGAGCCCGAUAUGUCGAGAAGCCCUAGUGAUACUGCCUCUGCACCCCUCUCUGGGUUGUCUGUUGCGGCGGACACCGAUUUGCAUGCGAUUGUUGUGGAGCUUCGGGCGGUGCGAGACGAGAUUAGGGGGUUUCGGAGGGAGAUGGAGGUGGAGAUGGCGCAGCUGAAGGCCGCCCUGGGUUUUUGCAGCACGCGUAUGGACGGUUUGGAGGCCAGAGUUGACAAACUGGAGCAGCAGGCCACCGCCGCUACAGGUUCCACGAGCUCUACCUGUCUGGAGAAGGUUGUGGAGGACUUGAAGAGGGAGCUCAACAGCAGGGACCAGGACGUCCUUGCCAACGACAUAGAGGUGUCAAACAUGCCGGAGACAGGGGCGGAGAAUCCUGCUCAUGUUAUCAAGGCAAUUGGUCACAAGCUCGGGGUCAGUAUCAACGACUGCGACAUUGUUAGCGCGGAGCGGGUCGGUGGGAGGCAGCUCAACGUGACGAGCUCGACGGGACCGACUGAGUCUCGCCCGCGGCCACUAGUUGUGCGCCUCGCUCGCCGGGACCUGCGAGAUCGACUUCUGGCGGCGGCGCGAGUCCGGCGGGGUGCGACCACUGCCGACCUCGGCAUGCCCGGCCCGGCGCAGCGCUUCUUCAUCAACGAGCGGUUGACGAAGGUUAACCGUCAGUUGUUUCGGAGGACGCGAGACGCUGCCCUCGUCCAGAAAUGGAGGUUUGUGUGGACAAAGCAGGGCCGCAUUUUCACCAGGAAGGAGCCGGGAGACAGAGCGCAGAGGAUCCGCACCGAUGAGGACUUGUCCCGGAUUUUUGGCACUGCAAAUGAAACGGCUUGUUUGUAA